AUGUUAGAGAUAUCCAAUAAAGACCAAAUAUUUCAGUACAUUGAGAAGCAGAUUGGGAAGGGAAUAACAAUUCAGUUUCAAGAUUUAAUUUUUCAAUUUCAGAUUGGCCCAUCGCAGGCAAAACAGCUAUUAUAUGAUUAUUACAAAACCAUCAAAUGUGCUAAUGAUGAUUCCAACGAUAGUAAAACUCAUGAUUUUAAUCUAGUAAUUGUCGCAGUCUAUAAAUCUGGGAACAUAAAAGUGAUUAAUGAUGUCAAUAAUAUACCAAACAAAUCAGAAUUACUUGAUUGUUUCAUUUAUGGUUUCAACCCAACUGAUUCCUUCAUCCCAACAAAUCAGUUGAUGGAUCAGACAGUAUUUAUAAAUUUAAGGAAUCCAGUUACCUUAAAAAUACCAGAAGGAACGCCAACAAUAAUAGACUCAGCUUCAUCAGAUGCUCCAACAACAACACCUACAGAUAAGAUAAAGCCACCUUUAGAAAAACUAGAUCCAUUUAGUAGUAUGAAACAAAGAAGUAAGACUGUGGGCACAAGUACAGAAUCUAAAGAAGCAGACAAGACAAAUCCUAUAUCGUCAGGAUCAGCAAAAAGAAGUAAAACAAUUCCAUCUGAUACUGGAUUAAGAUCAACUGCAAUUUUAGCUCGUAUGAGAAAACAAAGAGAAGAAAAAGAGAAUGAGAGAAAAGAACAAUUAAAUAGGAGAAAAGAAGAAUUAAUUGAAAAACAAAAGGAAACAGAAGCAAAAGAUUCUACCAAAAAAAGGGAGCAAUUGAAAGAUUUGAAUACAUUGUUUGUGGAUGCUAGUGAUGAAGAAAUAGAAGAUAAGGAGAGUAAUACCAAUAAUAGUAACAAGGACGGAACUGAUCCACAUUUAUAUAAAGAAUUGAGCAAAACCUCAACAAAGAAUCCACAAUCAACAGAGUUAAAUGAAGAAGAAUUAGCAGAAUUAUUAGAUACUACAACUGAAGCCUCCAUAUUAGAAAUAUCGAAAUCUGAUGCACAAAAAGGCGUUGAUAACGAUAACCAAGAGAAAAUAACAACAUCUAAUCCAUUGGAGAAAAAAAUAGAUACUGAAGUAGUAAGGGAUGAAGAAGGUUAUAUACUGAGUACCAGAAAGCAACCACAAGCUCAGUCAUCUCCAGUUCAAAAACGUACUUACUCAUCUCCGUCAACCACCAACUCUGCUACUAAAAAACCUCGUACAUCUAAUAAAAAACAGAGACAAUCAACAUUAACUGGGUUUUUCAAAUUAGCUAAAUAA